AUGCUGAAGAGCAAGUACGUACGUUGCUGCCCCCUUGUUUGGCGGCGUUUUGCCAGGAACCAGCACCAGGUGGCGUUGGGCUGCCCUCAACUUCGACCGGCGUCAGACAAACCAGAGCCUUCAUUUACCAACGCCCAAGAAGAAAAAAACCAUUCACGGCUCCCCUCCCCCCUUCUCACUUCAGGCGCGGUAUGCCGGCCAGUGUACAAUGCGCUCGUCGAGACAUGGCCUCCCAUUCCAGGGCCCCCAUCGCGUCUCUCUCUUCCAUACUUCAUGCUUGGCCUCUUCGCCGCUGCUUUGAAUUCGAAAGAGGAGGGAAAGAAAAAAAGAAAGUACAGCAUGUUUUCUGCCAGCCAUGUUGCGUGCGACGCUCCCGUCGGUCAAGCGUUGGCAGUCUCGGCACUUGAUCAACAAACAGGCAUUCGAAGGUUUGUCUGA